AUGGAUCGACUAUCUGAAAAGUUAUUAGAUUCGUCUAUAAAAUCUAAUCAUACUUUCUUGCUCGCUCACUAUCCUAAAGCUACAUUAUUAUAUGGAAGAACUUCUAAAGGUGAAACUUUUGAGGACUUAUCAAAUCAUAUCAGCGUUUACAUGUGUGGCCAUUUGCAUAAACUCGCUAUUGGUCUUGGUGAUCACUUACAGAUAUAUCGACCUACUAAUUAUCUAGAGUUAGAACUAGGAGAUAUGAAAGUUAAUGCUGUUUAUCGUAUCUUAGCUAUUGACCAUGAUUUAGUCAGCUUUAUUGAUGUCCAAUUACCUCUACCCGAAAUUCCUUUAAGAACCCCUCCGCCACCGGCGGUUGGUUUUUCGAUUUUGCCUGAAAAAUUGUCCUAUCCACCGAUCAUAUUAAUUACUAACCCUAAAGGAUCCGCAUACAAUAAUAUUACCAUCUCUUUGGAUGGAAAGGUACAUGAUCAAGAUGUGAAUUACAAGGGAAAUUCUAAGAAUGAUAAAGAAUAUUUACCCCUAUGGACUUCUCAAUGGGAUCCUUCGAAAUUUGACGAUGGUAAAGAUCAUGUAAUUGUUGUCAAAGCCCUUGAUACUUCGGGUCAAGUAGGUGAGAGGCAAAAUGUCGACAAGGUUAUACAACAUUCUAACACGCAACUAAAAUUUGAGAUUGUUGAGACAGCCAUUUAUCACGAUACUGAUUAUCGCGAUUGGAAAACGACAAGAUCUAGCGAACAACCAGAUUUGAUUGAUCUUACAUCAAUUGAAGGUUAUAGUUCAUCCAAUAAACUUCCGUCAGAAAUAAGCGUUAGCCUUAAAGAUCUUAUCAGGUCUACUAAAAAAAAUGCAAUUGACCACAAUAAUCCUGAAAAUACUCAAGGCACAGUAACCAAAGUUACGCAAGCAUCCCAAAAAUCAACACCAAACACUACUUCUAAUCUAGGUGAAUCCUCCAAAGACCAAACAUUCAAUGAAGCAAAAAAGGCAUUACAGCUUUGGAGAAAGGAUGAGAAAAUCCACAAAGAAUUACAAAUAAUAAAAUCUCCAAAUUCGGCCGAAUUUUUUAAAAUGACACAAGAAGAAAUUAAGGCCAGAAAAGCAAUAAUAACUGAUGCACAAGAAAAAAUAAGGACGUGGAUUUUAAAACUAUGGCCACAUCCUCGUACUCUUGGAAUUAGACAAAUGACAGAAGGGUUAACUGCUUUCACCUUAAAGAAACGAUCUUUAAACCCUUCAGUAGUUGGAGUAAAUAUAAUUAUUCAAUCAAAACCAAUGAUUUUAACUGCUACCGUUACUGGCACUAAAUAUGACCGUAUCGAAAAUUGUCAUAAACCAAAAAUUGUUAUGGAUAUAUUAGACUUACGACAAUAUAUUCUCAAGCAUUGUCCAACAUAUCAAUGUCCACCAAUUAAAAAUAAUGAUCACAAUAAUCCAUGGGAUGAUAUCUAUUUCCUGAAUGAAAUCUUACCAAAACUUACAGAAGAAGCUAUAAGCAUUCAAAACCAACCUGGAUUAUUUUUGACUGUUAAAGAAGCUAUUAUUCGUGGUUUGGAAGGAUAUAAUUUAUUUGAAUGUAAAUUAUGCGCUGAGAAUACUUCAUAUUAUUCAAAUUCUAGGUUCUUUCACCUUAAAGGAAUUUAUAAACAUCUAGAAAGCAAAAGACAUAAUAUUCAUAUUCGUAACGUUUAUAAUUAUCACAACGAAGACUAUAUCCAAGUUAAUCCUAAAGAAUAUGUCUUGGCUUUCUGCAAAGAACUUCCUCCAAAGAUUCUUCCACUUGAAAGAAAACGUUAA